AGGCUACCAGUGCACCAUGCAUGCAUGAGCAGUUUGUCCUUCCCCUUCUUCAGCUGCUCUCAUUUUUCUUCUUCUCACUGAAAUAUAAUUUAUAUAAAUGUAUACAUGUAUAUAUAGUAAUAUUUAAAAAUUAUAGGGAAUAUUUUUGUUUUAAAGUUUUUAUAAUAUUGUUAGUGAGUAUAAAUAUAGUUUAUAAUUUUUAUUUAUGAUAUUUCAAUUUUAAAAUAUUUUACAUUUACUUAUCCACAUGCAUCCGGAUGCAACCACAAACUCUACUGGAUCGUAUGAUGCUCUUAGGGACGCCAUACUUGCAGAACACCAAACGGUUUAGAGUAUUUUUGUGACUGUUUCAAAAAAGAAAGAAUGCUAUACUUGCGGAACAACAUAGAUGACAUGUUGGCAGCGUGAGAACUAAUAAAACGUAAAUUUGAAAAAUGUAGACUAAUGAUAUACAAUAUAACCUCUUUAAAUUAAUACUCUAUAAAUUAAUAUACACUAAAAAUUUAUAAAAUAAUAUAAUUGUGUAGUCCCAAAUUGAGUUUUUGUUCAAUUAGCAUAUCUAUAAAUUAAUAUCUCUAUAAAUUAAUAAAAAGAUUAUAGUUUUGGUGUAAUCCCAACAUUAUUAAUUUAUAUAGGUUUCACUGUGUAAGGUUUGUGGAAAUGGAUUGAUUGAAAGGGUGAGAAAGUCAUGAAAAAGGAAACACAACCUUUUGCUUGUCUGGUAGGUUAGUGAUGAUAAUUAAUUAGUUAAGUUUGAAUUUUCUUGCGAAAGUAACUAAAGAUUAAUAUAUGAAUAGGAACACAUGCAAGUUACUUUCAUCAAGAAAAGUUCAAACAUAAACGGAAAAAAAAAAAAGAAGAAGAAGAAAGAUGAAAGGUGCACAGAGCACAUGCCACCAUUCUUACACCUUGUCGUUAUUGCUCGUCUCGAUUCUACUAUUUCAUCAUCCUACCGUUUCGGUCGAUGUCAACACUUUGUCGUCCACAGAAUCUCUUACAAUCUCAAGCAACAGAACACUUGUUUCUCCCGGCGGAGUCUUCGAGCUUGGUUUCUUCAAACCAUCGGCGCUCCAGCGUUGGUAUUUGGGAAUAUGGUAUAGAAAAGUCUUUGAUCAGAAAACCUACGCAUGGGUCGCCAACCGAGACAACCCUCUGUCCAAUUCCAUUGGAACCCUCAAAAUCUCUGGCAACAAUCUUGUCCUGCUAGGUCACUCUGUUUUGUGGUCCUCGAAUCUUACUAGAGGAAAUGUUAGUUCUCCGGUGGUAGCAGAGCUUCUUCCCAACGGUAAUUUUGUAAUGAGAUACUCCAACAAAAGUGGAUUCUUGUGGCAGAGUUUCGAUUUUCCGACGGAUACUUUACUUCCGGGGAUGAAACUAGGUUACCAUCGCAAAACAGGGCGCAGCAGGUUCCUCACAUCAUGGAGAAGUUCUGAUGAUCCCUCAAGCGGGUAUUUCACGUACGAACUCGACACUCGAAGGGGCUUGCCCGAAUUCUUUGUGAUGUAUAACGAUAUUGAACUGUAUCGGGGCGGUCCGUGGAAUGGAAUCGAGUUUAGUGGCAUAUCGAAGCCUAAGGAUCAAGAACUAUAUUACAAUUACACGGAUAACAGUGAGGAGGUCACGUACACGUUCCUUAGUGCCAACCAAAGCAUCUACUCUAGAUUUACCAUCGUUUACUAUGGGUCCCUCUAUCUAUCCACGUGGAUCCCGCCAUCAUCUGGAUGGAGGGAUUUCGAUGCUUUACCAACGGCAGAAUGCGAUUAUUAUAAUAUCUGUGGACCCAAUGCUUAUUGUAAGUUAAACAAUACAUGUCACUGUUUGGAAGGGUUCGACCCCAUGAACCCGCGGCAGUGGAGCGCGAGAGAACGAUCAGAAGGGUGUGUGAGGAGGACACCGCUGAGUUGCAGCGGAAAUAGGUUUUUAUUGCUUAAGAAGACGAAACUUCCAGAUACCAAGAUGGCUAGUUUUGAUCGGAGAAUUAACUUGAAGAAAUGUGAAGAGAGGUGCCUUAGGGAUUGUACCUGUACUUCGUUCGCGGCUGCGGAUGUUCGAAAUGGCGGAACGGGUUGUGUGAUGUGGACCAGGCAGCUUAAUGAUACCCGGACUUACUCCAUCGGUGGUCAAGAUCUCUAUGUCAAAUUGGCUGCUGCUGAUACAGUUUUUUCCUCGGACGAGGAGAGAGACAGAAAUGGAAAAAAAAUAGGUUGGAGUGUAGGAGUCAGCUUAAUGCUUAUUCUGAGUGUUAUCGUGUUCUGCUUUUGGAAAAGGAGACAGAAGCAAGCAAAACCAGCUGCAACACCUAUAGUUCAAAACCAAGGUCUAAUGAUCGGGGUGGUAUUACCAAGACAAAUACCAUCCCGGAGAAACUUGUCUGAAGAGAACGCGGUAGAAGAUUUGGAACUUCCAUUGAUGGAGUUUGAAGCUGUUCUCACAGCCACCGAACAUUUUUCUAACUGUAACAAAGUUGGAGAAGGUGGCUUCGGCGCUGUUUACAAGGGAAGGUUACUUGACGGGCAAGAAAUUGCGGUGAAGAGACUAUCAGAAAUGUCAGCUCAAGGUACCAAUGAAUUCAUGAAUGAAGUCAGGCUAAUUGCAAGGCUUCAGCACAUAAACCUUGUACGGCUUCUUGGAUGUUGCGUUGAUGAGGGAGAGAAGAUCUUGAUCUACGAGUACUUGGAGAAUCUAAGCCUCGAUUCUCAUCUCUUUGGUUUAACCAGAAGCAGUAUGCUAAAUUGGCAAAUGAGAUUUGAUAUCAUCAAUGGUAUUGCUCGAGGAAUUCUCUAUCUUCACCGAGAUUCAUCCAUUCGAAUCAUCCAUAGGGAUUUGAAAGCAAGCAACAUCUUGCUUGACAAAGAUAUGACUCCAAAAAUUUCGGACUUCGGAAUGGCUAGGAUCUUUGGACGAGAUGAGACGGAAGCUAACACAAGGAAGGUGGUCGGAACUUACGGCUACAUGUCCCCAGAAUACGCUAUGGAAGGGAUAUUCUCUAUGAAGUCAGAUGUCUUCAGUUUUGGAGUCUUGCUUCUUGAAAUUAUAAGUGGCAAGAGGAAUAAAGGAUUCAACAACUUGGGCCGUGACAACAAUCUUCUCGAUUGUGUGUGGAGGAAUUGGAAAGAAGGUCAAGGUCUAGAGAUUGUAGACACGGUCAUCAUAGAUUCUUCAUCACCAACGUUCAGGCCACGUGAUAUCCAAAGGUGUUUACAAAUUGGCCUCUUGUGUGUUCAAGCCCGUCCAGAUGAUAGACCAAUUAUGUCGGCAGUUGUUUUCAUGCUGGAAAGCGAAGCAGCAGAUAUUCCUCAACCUAAACCGCCAGGUUAUUGCGUCAUAGGAAAUUAUUCGACUUGGAGUAAACAGCGAGACCGUGAAUCUUGCACAGUGAACCAGAUCACCAUGUCGAUUAUAGACGCUAGGUAAUGUGAUGUAAAGAAACCACCCUUGAUAGUGCUUA